CUACCAGAUGGCUGAGUUGGAUCUCAUGGCUCCAGGGCCACUGCCUGGGACCACUGCUUACCCGCUGGCCUCUCUCAGCCCAGACUGUGGGCCGGCCAGCCCUGUGGAAGAAGAGGAUGUAGGCUCCCUGGAGAGGCCCAGUGGAGAGACGGAGGGACAGGACGGCAGCUCCGUAGAGCAGGGGUCUCCUGGUGGCGAAGGGGAAGAGGAGAUCUUGUGUGACUUCUGUCUUGGGACUGGCAGAGUGAGAGCGGUGAAGUCCUGUCUGACCUGCAUGGUGAACUACUGUGAAGAGCACCUGCGGCCGCACCAGGAGAACAGCAAACUGCACAGCCACCAGCUGACCGAGCCAGUGAAGGAUCGCGACCUGCGCACUUGCUCUGACCACCACAGCCCACUGGUUGCCUUCUGCUGCCCUGAUGGGCAGUGCAUCUGCCAGGAGUGUGGCCAGGAGGAGCACAGGGACCAUGCCACUGUCUCCCUGGAUGCAGCCCGCAGGGACAAGGAGGCUGAACUUCGGCGCACCCAGUUAGAUUUGGAGCAGAAACUCAAGUUGAAUGAAAACGCCAUCGCCAGGCUCCAAGCUAACCAUAAAUCUGUUCUGGUGUCGGUGUCAGAGGUAAAGGCAGUGGCUGAAGCGCAGUUUGGGGAAGUCCUUGCUGCUGUGAGGAAGGCCCAGGCUGACGUGAUGCUCUUCUUGGAGGAGAAGGAACAAGCUGCUCUGAGCCAGGCCAAUAGCAUCAAGACCCAUCUGGAGUACAGGAGUGCAGAGAUGGAGAAAAGCAAGCAGGAGCUGGAGAAGAUGACAGCCAUCAGCAACACUGUCCUGUUCCUGGAGGAGUACUGCAAGUUCAAGAACAUUGACGACAGCGCCUUCCCUAGUGUUUACAUAGGGUUGAAGGAUAAACUCUCAGGCAUCCGCAAGGUCAUCACAGACUCUACUGUACAUUUAAUACAUCUGCUGGAGAACUAUAAGGAAAAGCUCCAGGAGUUUGCCAAGGAAGAGGAGUAUGACAUCAGAACUCAAGUAUCUGCCAUUGUUCAGCGCAAACACUGGACUUCAAAGCCUGAGCCCAGCACCCGGGAACAGUUCCUCCAAUAUGCACAUGAUGUCACGUUUGACCCAGACACUGCACACAGGUAUCUCCGGCUGCAGGAGGACAACCGCAAGGUCACCAACACCACGCCCUGGGAGCAUCCCUACCCCGACCUUCCCAGCAGGUUCGUGCACUGGCGGCAGGUGCUGUCCCAACAGAGCCUGUAUCUGCACAGAUACUAUUUUGAGAUAGAGAUCUCCGGAGCGGGCACCUACGUUGGCCUGACCUGCAAAGGCAUCGACAGGAAAGGGGAGGAGCGCAACAGUUGCAUUUCCGGAAACAACUUCUCCUGGAGCCUCCAAUGGAAUGGGAAGGAGUUCACGGCCUGGCACAGUGACACGGAGACCCCGCUCAAAGCCGGCCCUUUCCGGAGGCUCGGGAUCUAUGUUGACUUCCCAAGAGGGACACUUUCCUUCUAUGGUGUGGAGUAUGAUGCCAUGACUCUGAUUCACAAGUUUGACUGCAAGUUUUCAGAGCCAGUCUACGCUGCCUUCUGGCUUUCCAAGAAGGAAAACACCAUCCGGAUUUUGGACCUAGGAGAGGAACCAGAGAGGCCAGCACCAUCCUCAGUGGAGGCCGCUCCUUAGACUCCAGGACCCAUAGGCCAGAUCUUUGCUAACCAUAGUGAUGGGGCAGCAGCUUGAAUUUUAAGAGUGACUUGGGCGCAGAGAUAUCUGACAGUGGUGGCUGGCUUUGGAAACCAUGUGGGUCUAUGAAGAGGAGAAGGUUCUCUGGCUGCUCUCAUUUGCUUCAUACAGAGCUGCUCUUGGGAUGUUUAUAGUAAUUCCGAGGCACCAAAGUCUCCCUCGUCAUCUUCUUGUGGUAUUCUCCUGUCUAUUUAGGUGAAUGCCACACUGUGCCCAGAAGUGAUAACCAGGAAUCUUCAGAGUGACUGAAAAGAUUAAAAAGUAGUCAUAAUAAAUUGCUAACUUUAUUGUGUAUUUCCUAUGUGCCAGACCCUGUUUCGAGGGCUUCCCGUGCAUAAACUCACUUAAUCCUUACAGUCAAACCAUAGGGUAGAUGCUUAUAUCAUUCCCAUUUUCCAGGACCACCCCUAUGGGCUAAGGUGGCAAGCUAACUUGCUCAAGGUCACUGGUGACAUGGUGAAUUAGUGGCAGAUCUGAGAUUCAAAUCCAGGUUGACUGUCAUGGAUUUUUAAUCACCACACUGUAUUGCCUUCUUCAUUAGAUUGUGAACAUUGUGCAUAAGGGAAUAAGCUGCGUAGCAGAGAAAUAGAGCUCCUUAAACCCACCUCUUAGAGUUUGUUGAUUCCUUUGCACACACUGUGUCUGACUCAGCCAUCCUGCCAUGUGCUGGCUUACUACCUCUACACAGUGGCUUAUUCUGGUUUUGGACAUCAAGGAUGAGAAGAAAUGUUUUAGUGGAGUCUGAGUUUUAGUCCCUGUGACCUCUGGGAAGGGGUCUCACUCUUCUCUAAAGAUAGCUAGGCUAUGUGGACUUGUCUGAUUUUCCAUUCAAUAGUUCUUCAAGUUGGGGAUAGUCGUCUUGUCCUGUAUUCUUGUUUUCAUGCUAAGAUUCUCACUUUCUUUUGUGGCUCCCAGGACUUUCCCUCAAUUAUUUCAUUCU